GGGAUUUGGUCAAUCAGAGUUUCAGACUCUCGCCAAGCUUGCGGAGCUUUAACAUGCUAAUAUGCUAAUCCGGGCAUAUUAUCGGGUAAAGGGGGAGAAACAAAAGACGAGAAACAAUGGGAAUAAGUUCGCAGUGAACGAGAGGAAGCUACAGUGACCGAUGGGAAGCUGAGGAGGAAGUUUUAAAACUUUUUAAGCACGCUGUGUGCGGUUCGCUGCUAGCCCCUCAACGGCUAGAGCUGCUAGCAGUUUGAAAACUUUCUGAAGCCGCCCAGGAGUUAGACGGACCCUUUCUGGAGCUCUCGGCAGGAGCAGAACGAGUGCAGGAAUUAGACUUGACUCAUGACCGUGGAGGUGUGAAUCGCUCCCCGGUCCUGUCUACCCUGUUCCGGAUGGCUGAGGAACGCGAGCCGCAGGGAGCGGCAGAGAUGAUCAAAGACCGUCUGUACUUCGCCACGUUACGCAGCAAACCCAAAAGCACCGUCAACACCCACUACUUCUGCACCGACGACGAGUUUGUCUACGAGAAUUUCUACACAGACUUCGGGCCGCUGAACCUGGCCAUGCUGUACCGAUACUGCUGCAAGCUCAACAAGAAGCUGAAGUCGUUCACGCUGACCAGGAAGCGAAUCGUUCACUACACCAGCUUCGACCAGAGGAAGCGCGCCAACGCCGCCGUGCUGAUCGGCGGCUACGCCGUGAUUUACCUGAAGAAGACUCCAGAGGAAGCCUUCAGAGCGCUGAUCUCCGGCUCCAACGCCGCCUACCUGCCCUUCAGGGACGCCUCUUUUGGAAAUUGCACCUACAACCUCACAGUGCUGGACUGUCUGCAGGGAAUCAGGAAGGCUUUGCAGCACGGCUUCUUUGACUUUGAGACGUUUGAUGUGGACGAAUACGAACAUUACGAGGUAAAACCAGUAAGACCAGUCACUGCUUUAAUGGUUUGAAAACAGGUUAACGCA